AUAUAUAAAAAAAAACACAGAUAGCAAACUGACUGUUUUCCCUAAAACGCCGAAAAACAAAAGGGUAAAGCCCCAUAGCUUGUGCGUUUUGCUAAAUUGCGCCGCUCGCCGGUUGUCCACAUCUCGCCGUCGUUCCCCGACGGCCCCGCCUCAGUAUCGAUUCUCCACCGUCGAUUGGCUGAAAUAUUACUUUUCUAACGCUUUCUCUCUUUAGUUGUAUAUGUUAUAGUGGCAUAACUUACCGGCUAUGGAUAGAGGUAACGUGGGCCGCCGUACGCACGUCAGAAAUUCUGAGAGCUUUCUUUGUUUGGUGUGUACGGCAGGUUCGUCGUUUUUCUAUGGCGGAGGCUCUGAUUGAAGCCCUUGAAUCCGAAACCCUAGCCCAUGGAAGUUCUUUAGAAUUCAAAUUUGGAAGCAACGAGAGAAAAAAAAAAAAAAAAGAAAGAAGGAAAUUUGAGAGCUUGCUUUUGGAGUGAAGGAGGCUGAAUUUAGAGCUCACAGGGUAACCUGAUUUGCAAAAAAAAAAAAAAAAAAAAAAAAAAAGAAAAAGAAAAGAUAGAACAUGGAGUCUAAGGAGCUUAAUUUGAGCAAAGACUUUGGAGGUGGGAAUACUAGUAAGGGAGGUGAUGGGUUUAUAGAUAGGAGCAAAGUGAGGAUUUUGCUGUGCGAUAACGACGCCAAGAGUUUGGAAGAGGUUCUGACACUUCUUCUGAAAUGCUCUUAUCAGGUGACUCCGGUAAGGUCAGCUAGGCAGGUGAUUGAUGCACUGAAUGCGGAGGGAGCUAAUAUAGAUAUCAUACUUGCUGAACUUGAUCUUCCAUUGGCCAAAGGCAUGAAGAUGUUAAAGUACAUUAAUCGGGAUAAAGAGUUAAGGCGCAUUCCUGUGAUCAUGAUGUCGGCACAAGAUGAGGUCUCUAUAGUUGUCAAGUGCCUGAGGCUCGGAGCAGCAGACUAUCUUGUAAAGCCUUUACGAACUAAUGAGCUACUAAACUUGUGGAUACACAUGUGGAGAAGAAGGCACAUGCUUGGACUGGCUGAGAAGAACAUUUUGAACUAUGACUUUGAUCUGGUAACAUCAGACCCUAGUGAUGCUAAUACCAACAGUACGACUUUGUUCUCGGAUGACACGGAUGACAAGAGCACCAACCCUGAAAUGGGAAUGUCAACCCAUCAAGAAGAUGAGUCUGCUGCUGUAGAGCCUCCACAUAUGGAUUUAGUGGGAUAUCGGCCUGAUGUGCCUGGAAUCAGUGACCGACGAACGGGACAAUUUUCAUCUGGCCCAAAGAAGAGUGAGCUGAAAAUUGGGGAGUCUUCUGCCUUCUUUACUUACGUGAAAUCAAGCAUGGUCAAAAGUAACUCUCAAGGCAUUGUUAAUGUUAUUGACAAUUCUGCUCAAAAUUUGGGGACUAGAGAAAAAUAUGAAGAGGGCAGUCAAAGAUUGAUUAAUGAUCCCCAAAUACAUGCAAAUGGGGAGGCAGGGGAAAACUACUCGCAGGAAGAUGACUUUCCAUGCAGUGGUAGUAUUCCAGAUUCUCUUUCAAUGGAGAGAUCUUGUACACCACCUUCAUCUAUGGGACUCUCGCAGCAAAGGGAUCUCAAGGACAAGAAACUCAAUCAAGUUCUUUCACAGCCAAGAAAUGAGCAUCAACUUGAUGUUUCUGCCUUACCUGCACAAGCUGCGUUUCCAUAUUGCCUUUCCGGAGUAAAUCAAGUUAUGAUGCCAUCAACAGCACAACUGUAUCAAAAGAAUCUGUACGGCCUUCAUAAUCAUGCACCUAAUUCUAUGAUGUCUCAGUACCAUCAUCUUCCGCAAUGCCCUCCUCACGUUAAUGGAAUGGCAUCAUACCCAUAUUACCCGGUUAACAUUUGCUUACAACCUGGUCAAAUGCCCACUUGUCAUUCUUGGCCAUUUGUUGGAAGUCCUUCAGCUGAAGUGAAAUCAAAUAAGGUGGAUAGAAGAGAAGCAGCAUUAAUCAAGUUUAGGCAGAAAAGGAAGGAACGAUGUUUUGAUAAGAAGAUUAGGUAUGUUAAUCGAAAACAACUUGCUGAAAGAAGGCCUCGAGUACGUGGACAGUUUGUGAGGAAGAUAAAUGGUGUUAAUGUGGAUCUUAAUGGGCAACCUACUUCUGCUGAUUCUGAUGAAGAUGAUGGCGAAGAUGAGGAGAAGGAUGCUUGAAAGGAUUCCUCUAAAAAAUGCGUGCUUUCAAGCAUGCUUCAGGACAUCGAUGUCGUUGCUGGUUAUUGAGGAUCAUAUUGUUCCAGUUCCCGCAAAGUUGUUUAAUUUUCGAGAAUUUUCCUAUACCCUUACCGUUUUGUAAUGCGAUGGACGGGAAGUGGUUCUUCCGUUUGGCAAAAAAAAUGCAUCCAUCGAAUAGACAAGGGAUUAAAAACAUUUGCUGGAGAUAUCAGGGGAGCAGAAAGCCCCCUUUUUUUUCUCUUCUUCUGUUGAAAGGAUAAAGAGUUAUUGGCAUGCUUCAAGAAUCUGAAAAGGGAUUGAAACGAUGAAGAAGAAUAUCAGAGAUCUGAAUGAUCCUCCCAAGUCUUAUAGAUUUUCAAUUUGCUUCCUUUCUAUGGUACGUUUCUGUUGUCUUAUAUGUCAACAAGGAAUCCAUUAUGGUGGUAGUGUUA